AUGCCACGCAGCCCCACGUCCAGCGAGGACGAGAUGGCCCAGAGCUGCUCAGAUUCCACGGAGGAGUCGGAGUCGGACAGUUCCAAGGGGGAGACCAUCUACGACACCAUCCGGGCCACGGCCCAGAAGCCGGGUGGCGCCAGGGCGGAGGAGGGCCAGGCCCACACGCUGGUGCUGCGCAUUGUCAUUGAGGACCUGCAGCAGACGAAGUGCAUUCGAUUCAACCCGGAUGCCACAGUAUGGGUUGCAAAGCAGCGGAUUCUGUGCUCGCUGAACCAGAGCCUGAAGGACGUCCUGAACUACGGGCUGUUCCAGCCGGCCAGCAACGGGCGCGACGGCAAGUUCCUGGACGAGGAGCGGCUGCUGCGCGAGUACCCGCAGCCCAUGGGCAAGGGCAUCCCGUCCCUGGAGUUUCGCUACAAGAAGCGGGUGUAUAGGCAGACAAACCUGGACGAGAAACAGCUGGCCAAGCUGCACACGAAGAACAAUUUGAAAAAAUGCAUGGAUCACAUCCAGCAUCGGUCAGUGGAGAAGAUCAUCAAGAUGCUGGACCGAGGCCUGGAUCCGAAUUUCCACGACCUGGAGACUGGAGAGACUCCCCUGACCUUGGCCGCUCAGCUGGACGACCCCGCGGAGAUGAUCAAGGCCCUCCGGAAUGGCGGGGCCCACCUAGACUUCCGCGCCAAGGAUGGGAUGACAGCUCUGCACAAAGCCGCCCGCACCAGGAACUUGCUGGCCCUGAAGACCCUCUUGGAGCUUGGCGCAUCCCCGGAUUACAAGGACAGCUAUGGCCUGACCCCACUGUAUCAUACGGCGGUGGUCGGGGGCGACCCCUGCUGCUGUGAGCUGCUGCUCCACGAGCACGCGGCCGUGAGCUGCAAAGAUGAGAAUGGCUGGCACGAAAUCCACCAGGCCUGCAGGUACGGCCACGUGCAGCAUCUGGAGCACCUGCUCUUCUACGGGGCCGACAUGGGGGCCCAGAAUGCCUCGGGGAACACCGCCCUGCACAUCUGCGCCCUCUACAACCAGGACAGCUGUGCUCGUGUGCUUCUGUUUCGAGGUGGAGAUAAGGAGCUGAAGAACUACAACAGCCAGACCCCGUUCCAGGUGGCGAUCAUCGCCGGCAACUUCGAGCUGGCCGAGUACAUCAAGAACCACAAGGAGACCGACGUUGUGCCCUUCCGAGAGGCCCCGGCGUACUCCAACCGCAGGAGGCGGCCCCCCAGCACGCUGGCCGCCCCGCGGCUCCUGCUGCGCUCCAACAGCGACAACAACCUCAACGCUGGCGCACCUGACUGGGCUGUCUGCGCGGCCACCUCCCACCUCAGCCUCUCGCCCCAGCUGUUGCAGCAGACGCCCAGCAAGGCCGACGGGGCCGCCAAGACCCUCGGGAGCUACACCCCCGGGCCCCGCAGCCGGUCACCCUCGCUCAACAGGCUGGGCGGAGCUGGCGAGGAUGCCAAGAGGCCUCAGCAGCCCUGGCACGUCGGCCCAGCUUUCCCGCCAGGAGCCAACAAGGAUGCACUGUCCGCCUUUGAGUACCCGGGGCCCAGACGGAAGCUGUACAGCGCGGUGCCUGGGAGGCUCUUCGUCGUUGUCAAGCCAUACCAACCCCAGGUCGAUGGCGAGAUCCCCCUGCACCGUGGCGACAGGGUCAAAGUUCUGAGCAUCGGCGAAGGUGGCUUCUGGGAAGGCAGCGCCCGUGGCCACAUCGGAUGGUUCCCCGCAGAGUGUGUGGAGGAGGUCCACUGCAAGCCCCGGGACAGCCAGGCAGAAACUCGUGCAGACCGCAGCAAGAAACUCUUCCGGCACUACACAGUCGGCUCCUAUGACAGCUUCGAUGCCUCCAGCGACUGCGUUAUCGAGGAGAAGACCGUCGUCCUGCAGAAGAAAGACAAUGAGGGCUUCGGAUUCGUGCUCCGAGGGGCGAAAGCGGAUACGCCCAUCGAAGAAUUCACACCCACGCCGGCAUUCCCGGCCCUGCAGUACCUGGAGUCUGUGGAUGAAGGCGGGGUGGCAUGGCAAGCCGGACUGAGGACCGGGGACUUCUUGAUUGAGGUGAACAACGAGAACGUCGUCAAGGUCGGCCACCGGCAGGUCGUGACCAUGAUCCGCCAGGGAGGGAACCACCUGGUCCUCAAGGUGGUCACGGUGACCAGGAGUCUGGACCCGGAUGACACCGCCCGGAAGAAAGCUCCUCCGCCUCCAAAGCGAGCUCCGACCACGGCUCUCACUCUGCGCUCCAAGUCCAUGACCUCAGAGCUGGAGGAGCUCGUGGAUAAAGCCUCCGUCCGGAAGAAGAAGGAUAAACCCGAGGAGAUCGUCCCAGCCUCCAAGCCAUCCCGGGCUGCCGAGAGCGUGGCGUUGGAGUCCAGGGUGGCCACCAUCAAGCAGCGGCCCACCAGCCGGUGCUUCCCCUCCGUCUCGGACAUGAACUCCGUGUACGAACGCCAGGGCAUCGCCGUGAUGACGCCCACCGUCCCCGGGAGCCCGAAGGGCCCGUUCCUGGGCCUCCCUCGAGGUACGAUGCGAAGGCAGAAGUCAAUAGACAGCAGAAUCUUUCUAUCAGGGAUAACGGAGGAGGAGCGGCAGUUUCUGGCCCCGCCGAUGCUCAAGUUCACCAGAAGCCUGUCCAUGCCGGACACCUCCGAGGACAUCCCGCCCCCGCCACAGUCGGUGCCCCCGUCUCCACCGCCCCCCUCCCCCACCGCCUACAACUGCCCCAAGUCCCCGACUCCGCGAGUCUACGGGACGAUCAAGCCCGCGUUCAACCAGAACCCCGCUGCCAAGGUGUCCCCGGCCGCCCGCUCGGACACGGUGGCCACCAUGGUGCGGGAGAAGGGGCUCUACCACAGGCGGGAGGUCGACCGCUACUCCCUGGACUCCGAGGACCUGUACAGUCGCGGCGCCGGCCCCCAGGCCAACUUCCGCGGCAAGAGGGGCCAGAUGCCCGAAAACCCCUACUCCGAGGUGGGGAAGAUCGCCAGCAAGGCCGUGUACGUGCCGGCCAAGCCCGCCCGGCGGAAGGGCAUGCUGGUGAAGCAGUCCAACGUGGAGGACAGCCCCGAGAAGACGUGCUCCAUCCCCAUCCCCACCAUCAUCGUCAAGGAGCCCUCCACCAGCAGCAGCGGCAAGAGCAGCCAGGGCAGCAGCGUGGAGGCCGACCCGCAGGCCUCGGAGCAGCCCGGCCAGCUGCGGCCGGACGACAGCCUGGCCGCCAGCAGCCCCUUCGCCGCCGCCAUCGCCGGGGCCGUCCGCGACCGCGAGAAGCGGCUGGAGGCCCGGAGGAACUCCCCGGCCUUCCUGUCCACGGACCUGGGGGACGAGGACGUGGGCCUCGGGCCACCCGCCCCCCGGGCGCGCCCCUCCAAGUUCCCCGAGGAGGGCGGCUUCGGCGAGGAGGACGGCACGGAGCCGCUGUCGUCACCGGCACCCCGGGAGCCUGAGAACCACUUUGUGGGUGUGGGCGAGGCCGGAGCUCAGGGUGAGGCUGGCAGGCUGCCGAACGCUCCAGGCCAAGCCAAGGCGCCAGAGUGCAGCCCCGCGGCGCCCCCCCGGAGCGGCAACGUCGCCGGCCCCGAGAACUACGUGCAUCCACUCACCGGGCGGCUGCUGGACCCCAGCUCGCCGCUGGCCCUGGCGCUGUCGGCGAGGGACCGGGCCCUGAAGGAGUCCCAGCAGGGCCCCAAAGGGGAGGCCCCCAAGGCCGACCUCAACAAGCCUCUCUACAUCGACACCAAAAUGCGGCCCAGCGGGGAAGCGGGCUUCCCUCCGGUCGGCAGGCAGAGCGGGCGGGGGCCCCUGCGGCGGCAGGAGACGGAGAACAAGUACGAGGCUGACCCGGGCAAGGAGCACAGGGACGACAAGAAGGGCGUGCUCGUCAGCAUCGUGGACGCGUCCCAGCAGAAGUCAGCCGGGCUGCUGAUGGUCCACACGGUGGACGCGGCCAGGCCGGAGGACUUCUUGCAGGAAGAGGACGAGAAAGCCGACCUGGAAACGCAGCCAGACCAUCCGCCAUCGGAGGCGCCCGAAGGCGCCCCCGAAACUGAAGGUGCUUUCCCGACCCCCGCAGGCCCUGAGCCUGCGGCCGCCCCCGCCACCACGCCCGGCAGGACCAUCGUGGCGGCGGGCUCCAUGGAAGAGGCGGUGAUCCUGCCGUUCCGCAUCCCUCCCCCGCCUCUGGCGUCCGUGGACCUGGACGAGGAUUUUAUUUUCACAGAGCCAUUGCCUCCUCCCCUGGAAUUUGCCAAUAGUUUUGAUAUCCCCGAUGACCGGGUUGCUUCUGUCCCCGCUCUCUCAGACCUGGUCAAGCAGAAAAAAAACGACACUUCCCAGUCCCCUUCCUUGAACUCCAGCCAGCCAACCAACUCCGCAGACAGUAAGAAGCCGGCUGGUCUCUCAAACUGUCUGCCCGCCUCAUUCCUGCCGCCCCCCGAAAGCUUUGACGCCGUCACGGACUCCGGGAUCGAGGAGGUGGACAGCCGGAGCAGCAGCGACCACCACCUCGAAACGACCAGCACCAUCUCCACGGUGUCCAGCAUCUCCACCCUGUCCUCCGAGGGCGGGGAGAACGCAGACACCUGCACAGUCUAUGCAGACGGGCAAGCCUUCAUGGUUGACAAACCCCCGGUACCUCCCAAGCCAAAAAUGAAACCCAUAGUCCACAAAGGCAGCACCCUCUACCACGACGCGCUGCUGGAAGAGGACGUGGACAGCUUCGUGAUCCCCCCGCCCGCACCUCCGCCGCCGCCUGGCGGGGCCCAGCCCGGCCCCAUGAAGGUCAUCCAGCCAAGGACCUCCAGGCUGUGGGGGGAUGUCUCGGAGGUCAAAAGCCCGAUUCUCUCAGGCCCAAAGGCGAACGUGAUUAGUGAGUUAAACUCAAUCCUGCAGCAAAUGAACCGAGAGAAAUCCGGAAAGCCAGGGGAAGGACUGGAACCGACGCCGGGAACCAAGCCCGCCGGCCUCGCCCCCAGAGGCCCCGAGGUCAUGAGCACCGUCUCAGGUACGCGGAGCACGACGGUCACCUUCACUGUUCGCCCUGGGACCUCCCAGCCCAUCACCCUGCAGAGCCGGCCCCCGGACUACGAGAGCAGGAACUCAGGACCCAGACGCGCCCCCAGCCCCGUGGUCUCGCCAACAGAGCUGAGCAAAGAGGUCCUGCCCGCCCCCCUGCCCGCCGCCACUGCGGCCCCCUCGCCCACCCUCUCGGAUGUCUUCAGCCUUCCGAGCCAGCCCCCGCCCGGGGACCUGUUUGGCUUGAACCCAGUGGGACGCAGCAGGUCGCCGUCCCCCUCCAUCCUGCAACAGCCAAUCUCCAAUAAGCCUUUUACAACUAAGCCUGUCCACCUGUGGACUAAACCUGACGUGGCGGACUGGCUGGAAAGUCUGAACCUGGGUGAGCAUAAAGAGGCCUUCAUGGACAACGAGAUCGACGGCAGCCACCUCCCAAACCUCCAGAAAGAAGACCUCAUAGAUCUGGGCGUGACUCGAGUCGGGCACAGAAUGAACAUAGAAAGGGCUCUCAAACAGCUGCUGGACAGAUAA